AUGACACUUUCAUCUGCUCUGGUGGCAGAGAUUGUGCACAAUGAUGAAGAAUACGUUAGACGAAUUAGCCCGAGUACGAUUUGCAAUAACGACGAUCUAAGAAUCAUCGGCAUCCCAGCUUCCUCAUUCACCGCAUAUAGGCUGUCAUAUGUGUCACCGAUCGAGCUUUCGCUUAGCUCAAAAGUUGUACUUUUGGGUGGCAUUCCCCAGUAUUGGGUGAGAGAGCGUUUAAAGGGCUUUUGGCGUACUGCUUGGAAAAUCAGCAGAAGGGGAUUUCGGGGAAACGCCAAUAGGCUGUUCAAUUACGGGUACCAAGAUCAGAAUAAAAGGAAUCAGGCGCGCCGUCAGCGGAUAUCCGACUGCGACUGCAACAGGAAGCCCCAAGCUACCUGGGACGACACUCAGUAUCGCAAAAAUCCGGGGGCAGGGCGCAAGAAUAAGAGCACGAGCGCUUCACCACUUAGCUUGGCAACAGGGAAUUCCCAGAGGAAAAGAUCGAACACACUACCGGUUGUGCGGACACGGGCGUCGCUUUUGAGGAAAAGUAAAGCUAUACAGCGUAAAGAUGGCCAUAAUGUACUAAAAGGAAAAACAAGAGCCACUUUACCGAGUCUGAGAACGGAUGAUACUAUAGCCAACCACUCCAAGUCACUUCACUCUAGCGGCUAUUCUUCCGAUGACUCGUUGGCAAUCACAAUCAGGAGUACCGACGAUAGUAACAGCUCUCCUGAAUGUUAUGAUGACCAGCCCGAUCAUGCGGGUGUGCAGUUCAGCAUCAACGCCGAGGAGAGUCUGUUAGAUGAUUACAAUAUCUCGCAGAAGAGCGCUACUAAUGGAAAGAACGGAGCACCCAACGUGAAAUCUUCGAUUUUUGAUGAUAGCGAAGCUAAUUUGAAGCAUGAAAAUGAUUAUAAGCUUUCCUCUGUAGAAUUGGAAGCGAGACCUUCAGAUUCUUCUGCACCGGAACGGUUAUUAGCAAUCACAUCAACUGUGGAAACAACACCUGUUUCAUUCAUUAGCUCACCAUGCUUUUCGACCAGCACUCAUCAAACAAAUGAUGGCAAAGGCUCUAAAAUACAUUUUACUGAUCAAGAGACACAGAAAGUUGCUAGAGCCUAUACAAAAGACAAAAGGCGCCAUAGGCACCCAAUUGUUCGAUUGAAACCCAGCUGUAACUCAGGUUAUGCAGAACCGUUACGGAUUAUGGUACCCGAACCGGACCAGCGUAAAGGUAGCCGUGAUGAACAUGUGUACAAGAAGCAUUUCAAAGCCGAAAGGUUAGUGAUGAGACAAGUUGGCCACGCUGGAGGGAAGGCAAAGACCAGGAUGAAAAAGGGAAUUUCGAGCUUUAUAAGAACCGACUAUUUUAUAUCUAGUCCCUUCCUAAGAGGCCUUAAAUGCGGAAAGAUAAUCUUAAUGGAGAAAAUGCUUGUGAUGGUGAAAUGCGCCGUGAACAAGAAAGAUCCUGUGAUCUCUUUCUCACAAGAAGAAUCGAUUGAUACGAGGAUCUCAGAAAGAUGGAAAGAAUACAUUGUUGUGGCUAGAUCUACCGGUAAAGGAGACUCUUCUAUCCUACUUCAGUUUUAUCGGCGUCGACAUAUACCUGUGCAUGUAAACAGACAGAAGGAUUUAACAUACGGUACAUCAUUAGAUUUUCAGCUGGACAAGCAUUGCCUGGUAGGAAUUUACAGCAAUUUGGAUAAAUCCAUUUACAUCCAAAAACCUGUCCGGAAAGAGAGCAAUGCAUCGCAUGAGACAUCUUCAGACGACGACGACGAAUACAGCUCUUUGAAAAUUUAUAUUCUGAAAUGCAGUACUCUUAUUUCUUCCGGUAAAUGGUACAACCUAUUAAGAGGCGCUACUCAAAUGAGGGAUAAACUAACACAGAUAAGUCUCAAAAUACCUGAGGCUGAUAUUUCCAUGGACAUGAAUUUAAGGGACGCUGUUGUCAAAGAAUUGAUAAAGUCCGAGAAUGAGAUCGAUGACUUCAAACUUUGCGUUUUACGAAGAGGGUAUAGGGUUCUACAGCGCCCACUGAUGAGAUUUCUCAUAGUCAGCAUUUUCGAAGAACUGAAGAAAGCUGAUUUAUCAGAAGUCGUUCAAAAAUGGGAAUUUGCCAACAUUAUUCUGGGCUGCAGUUAUAAGCACUACGAUAUGCUACAAUGGUGCUCGAAUAGUAGUAUUAGGUCAUUUUUUGAAACGUUUUCCCUUUUUAAGUCCUGCGUUUUGGAGUUUAGACCAUACAUACCAACUCCUAGACAGGCCCUGAGUGGAGAUGGCUGCAUUCUAGUCGAACCUGUUCCUAUAGAAGGGUUUCUUAUAAGGCUUACAAACAGGAUUGGAAAAGAAGGUAGCAGGCUGCGAAAGCUAUACUUUAGACCUUCUUACUUCUUCACUAAUGACAAUCUGCUAUUCUUUUCGUCAUGUUUCAAGGCAUGUCCACCCUCGCCGUCGAAGGAAUUGGAUAUGAGCUCACUGCAGAAGGGAGAUAGAUUCGAUUCUCUGCCCAACGUUUGCGAACAAGAUCCCUACCCGCUUGACUUGAGUAGUCACAUAUCGUGGCUGAAAGGAGAACUGACCGCCAAGGAAUUUGAGUCUAAUGAUUUGUAUGCUUGGAAGUGUUUCAGCAGGCGAGUGGAUCAGAUACUGAAAGCUGAGGGUGUGAUAAACCUUUGUGAAAUUGAGGAAAUUCAUCAAGGUGCCUCCAGCGAUUUCACAGGGUCAGAAAUCAAAUUUCGAGCUCUUCAUUUCGCGAAACGAUCGUUUUGGUAUGGUCAAGCACAUGACGUUAGAAGCACAGCAGCUUCUAUACUUUAUAUCGUGACACAGAAUCGUCUGGUUCUAAAACUCAUGGCACCCAGUCCCGCAGUAUGUCAGGAAUGGACCUUGAGAUUAAGAAGCCUUGUGAGCUAUUGGAAAGCUAGAAAAGAUUGCGACAUUAAAAAUAUGUGGAACCUGAAAAUACGAAAUAUGCAACAGUUGAGAAUAACAAAUGAAGAGGAAUCGAAUAUUAAUGAUUCAACACCAAAAUGGAUCAUAGAUUCUGGAUCGAGCGACGCAUCGCUAUACAAUGUCAAUGCACUAUGUCAGUUGCGACCAAUACUGUACAAAGGAGUUCUGUAUCAGAAGCCAAAGAAGCACUCCACUUUCACAAAAUACUUAGUUGUUCUCGUUCCGGGAUUUUUAAUACUUUACAAACCCUUCAAAAGAACCGUUACUGGGUUUUCGAGAGAAAUUAUUGACUAUAAGCACUACCUGACGCUGUCGGUGGCAGAUUGUUAUCUCUAUUCUGGCGCGACAUCUAAAGUGGAUUUGUUGAAUCGCAGAGACAAGAUUCAGGAACUCGCAUCGCAAAGCAAGUCAUUGCCACGCGCGUAUCCUGAUGGUUGGAGGUCCCUAGAGGAUGAGUCAGCGAGAUGCUUCACCCUUUGGUUUGGUAAAAAAAGAGCCAAGUUGGCAGCGUCACGUAAAGCUGGAUCAGAGAAAGGAACUCAGCAGAAAUUCGAAAAACCUGACAGUCACAAAAAUUUCGAAAGCAAUCCCAAAGUCUUUCAAAUGGUUACCAGGCUCGGAGUCAGCGGCAAAUCUAUGGUUUUUAUGGCGCGAUCCAGGCAGGAAAGAAACUUAUGGGUAUUAUCCAUAUCUUCAGAGAUUGAAAGGUUGAAUUCAAUGGUCUCUAUGUAG